AUGAAUUUCUAUGAUUGCGCAUUUCUGGUAUUAAUAUCAGCAUGCGCUCUUCUUACAUGGCGACAAUAUCGUAUGAAAGAAGAAUCAGCAGAAGAUAAGAAAGACACGGAUGUUGCUACCCCUCUAGCAAAGGCAGAAGCUAGCCGCUUCACCAAACUUUUCCUUACUGUCUACUGUCUUGUAAUGGCAUCAGAUUGGCUUCAAGGUCCAUACGUUUACAGUCUCUACAAAGACCAAUUCGGACUCGACGAGAAAAUUGUAGCCUUACUCUUCACAACCGGCUUUCUGUCCGGUGGCAUAUCUGGAUACUUCGUAGGUUCAUUCGCCGAUAAAUAUGGUCGCAAAUCAGCAUGUCUUGUCUUUUGCCUCACCUAUUCGCUUUCCUGUUUCUCAACUCUCUUUCCUAGCACUGCCAUCCUGUUUGUUGGACGAAUCUUUGGAGGUUUAAGUACGAGCUUGAUGUUCAGUGCCUUUGAAAGUUGGAUGGUUACGGAAUAUCAUAAAAGAAAUAUACAAAAAGCUGGGAUGAGUUUGAGCAGCCUGUUUGGAGUUAUGUCUACUUUGAAUAGCGUUAUGGCUAUUUUAUCGGGUGUUUUCAGUGAGUGGUUGGUUCAGGUUACAGAUGAUAGGAGAAUGCCUUUUAUGGCAUCUGCUGGUCUGUUGGGAAUUUCUGCAUAUAUCAUUUCGAUGUACUGGACCGAGAACUACGGCGAUAGUGCAAUCACACCUCAAAAGUCCACUUCCAGCGCCUCCUCCACCUCACCCAACGCCAACUCUCCCUUUCGUAUCCCCAAAGCUCCUCUUCCUACCACCUCAGUCCUCAGUCUAAUCUUCACCAAUCCCCGUAUUUUCACCCUCGGCCUCGCCUCUUGUUUCUUCGAAGGUAGCAUGUACCUCUUCGUCUUCUUCUGGACGCCCUUCCUAAAGGCCACUCAACCAUCUCCAUCCGCACCUCCGCUCCCUCUCGGGAUGAUUUUCGCAAGUUUUAUGUCAUCCGUCAUGCUUGGCUCUCUAAUAUUCACACAUCUCUCCUCCACUUUCCAGUCACUCACCCACACUCGCCUUCUAACUAUCGUUUUCGCUAUAUCAUCCAUAUCUCUACUAUUCCCUCUCCUCACUAACAACCAACAUUAUACUUUCUAUGCUUUCUGUGUCUUUGAAGCUAUGGUUGGUAUGUAUUUCCCAAGUGUGGGAUCUCUGAAGGGGAAAUGGGUAGAAGAUGGGGUCAGGGCAAGGGUUUAUGGGAUCUUGAGGGUUCCUUUAAAUGUAUUCGUGGUGGUUAGUUUGGCAUUGGUGAGAGAAGGUGAGGAGUAUAGGAGAGGUGUGUUUUUAGUUUGUGGUGGGUUGUUGGUUGCGGUUAGUGGAGUUUUUUAUAGGUUUGUUAGAGAGUCAUAG